CGUUGUUUCUCGUCCUGCUUGCAUGCUUGCUGCAAUGGCGUUGAUAUUCUUCCCUGCGUCGCGCAGGACUGCGCUGGCCCUUAUUCUUGGCCUUGUUCUUUUCUCUAUUCUAGCAGCUGCAAACAUUGUCAGCUCUGAUAGCUCUAGCGACAUCCCCGUCAGCGAACUGUCUGUACACCAGAUCGAGGAACAACUGCAGAAAUGCCCUCUUGUGGAAUCUCUCAAUGAGCAUAAGCGUGCUACCAGCCCCCAAACUGCCAGCCUGACCUCUAGAAUUUUCGCAAUUCUGUUCCCUGGAAGUCCUGCAGUGAACGCAAUUUUGGCCACUGUGUAUAUCUCGGGGCCUCCUAACUUCCUCUUGGCAUUAUGCCCUCCCAACAUCGAUCCAUCGUCCCUGUCCGUCAUGGUGGCUUUUGCCGUCGGUGGACUUCUGGGUGAUACCUUGUUCCAUCUUUUACCCGAAAUCUUCCUUGGGGAGGAUUCCCCGGAGCAUGUGAGCUUUGUCAUGGUCGAGCCCAACAGGAACCUUCUUUUGGGUCUUGGUAUUAUGGUAGGCUUUUUCACUUUCGUGGCCAUGGACAAAACCCUGCGUAUUGCUACAGGCGGCGAAGGAGGCCAUGAUCAUUCCCAUGGGAACCAUGCACACGCGGAUUCAGGAGACCACGCCGUGACAACCGGUUCGGAGUCCAAGAACACGAACGGCAGCGAAUUGAAGCAGCGCAAGUCCGCGGCCGACUCGCAGGAAGAAUCUGCUUCUGAACCCAAGAACGAAAAGGAGAUCAACCCCAGUGUCAAGCUGGGCGGUUACCUCAACCUCAUCGCAGACUUCACUCACAACAUUACUGAUGGCCUCGCCAUGUCGUCUUCCUUUUACGCCUCCCCCACCAUCGGCGCAACCACCACCGUUGCUGUCUUUUUCCAUGAAAUCCCCCACGAAGUCGGCGACUUUGCCCUCUUGAUCCAAUCCGGCUUCUCAAAGCGCAAGGCAAUGGGUGCACAGUUCGUCACCGCCAUCGGCGCUUUCCUGGGUACCCUCAUCGGCAUUGCCGUGCAGGAACUCGGUGGAUCCGGUAGUAAGGACUCCCUUGCCAAGGAUUCACCAGCUGGUCUGAUGGGUACAAGUCUGACUUGGGGUGAUAUGCUGCUUCCCUUCACCGCGGGAACGUUCCUGUAUGUCGGGACAGUCUCGGUGAUUCCGGAGCUGCUGGAAACCGGCAAGGAUAAGAAGGCUGAGAUUAAGCAUACCAUCAUUCAGUUUCUGGCCGUGGCCGUGGGCGCGGGUAUCAUGCUUGCAAUCUCCUGGGAUUAAAUAUAUCCUGACUUGGAAUAUGACCUGACAUCUCCGUAUAUAUGUAGCCUGGAAAAGUGUUUGAAGAGCAUUUAAUUGAGUUGAAAAAAAGAUUGAAACUCAUAUUAAUAGUUUCUAAUAUCAGAAUGUACUCCAAACGAUCUCCAACGUA